UAGCACUGUGUGGUGUGCGCAUGUGCGAAUGUCCAUCUGACAGCUUCUGCUGAGGCUAACCAGAUUUGAUAACAACGUAUUAAGUCGAGGCUCAGAUUGGUUUCUAUAACAUUUUAAACCGACAUGCCUCCGAAAAAACCGGCUCAAGCAACAGCAGGUAGUAAGAAAACACAAGAGAAAAAGAAGGAAAAGAUAAUUGAGGACAAGACAUUUGGACUGAAGAACAAGAAAGGAGCUAAACAACAGAAGUUUAUAAAAACGGUCACUCAGCAAGUCAAGUAUGGACAGCAGAACGCAAGACAGGUCGCAGCUUCGGAGGGCGAUAAGAACAAGAAGGUUGAUAAGAAGAAGGAGCUUGAGGAGCUUAAUGAGCUGUUCAAGCCUGUAGUUGCCGCCCAGAAAGUUGCCAAAGGUGUGGAUCCUAAGUCGGUGCUGUGUGCCUUCUUCAAGCAAGGCCAGUGUACCAAAGGAGAUAAAUGCAAGUUCUCCCAUGACCUGACUCUGGAGAGGAAAUGUGAGAAGCGGAGUCUGUAUGUAGACGGCAGAGAUGAAGACCUCGAGAAAGACACCAUGGACAACUGGGAUGAGAAGAAGCUGGAGGAAGUGGUCAACAAGAAACACGGAGAGGCAGAGAAGAAGAAAGCCAAAACUCAACAAACUCAGAUUGUUUGUAAGUAUUUCCUGGAUGCCAUUGAGAACAAUAAGUAUGGUUGGUUCUGGGUGUGUCCUGGGGGAGGAGACAGCUGUAUGUACCGACAUGCCCUUCCUGCCGGGUUCGUCCUCAAGAAGGAUAAGAAGAAAGAGGAGAACCAGGAGGAGGAGAUCUCACUGGAGGAGCUGAUCGAGAAGGAGCGAGCUGCCCUGGGUCCCAAUGUCACUCGCAUCACCCUUCAGACCUUCCUGGCUUGGAAGAAGAGGAAACGACAGGAGAGGAUUGCCAAGGAUGAGCAGGACAUGGAGAGGAAGAGGGCCGACUUCUCCGCGGGAAGGUCACUUGGGGUCAGUGGCCGUGAAGUGUUUGAGUUCCGGCCCGACCUGGUUGAUGACGACGAUGAGGAGGCAGAUGAUACUAAAUACGCCAAACGGGCUGAUGAUGAUGAUGUUGACGAAGACAUCAUUCAUGAGGUAGUGGAUGCUGACAUCUUCCAGGACAUCGAUGGCGCCCGGUUUAUUCCUCAGGAGGUGGGCAGCGAUGGGAUCACUGUGGCGUCUGCAGACAGAUUCACAGCCAAGACUCCGCCUUCCACGGUCACUAGCGACUGUAGGCUGAGCCAGGCUCUGGGAGGGGUGGAGAAUGGUGUCAACGGAAUAGGACGAGCAGACAUGGAGGAAGGCAGGGAGACGGAUGAGGUCCCCGUGGAUGAGAACCUGUUCACUGGGGAGGAUCUGGAUGAGCUAGAGGAAGAGCUCACCACACUGGAGUUGGAUGAAUGAGACUGGGAGUGAGUUUAAUUGAAUCGACUCUGGAUUAUUUGAAUUGAAUCAGGGUUUUUUUAAUUGGAUUAAAUCAGAUUUUUUUUUUUUUUAUUGAAUCAGCUUGUCUGAAUUGAAUUCAGUCUGCUUAUUUGAUUUGAGGUUUGCUCAUUUUAUGGAUCAGCAGUGGAGACGGGAAGUGAACUAUGUUCCACAGUAACAGUCUUGGCAUGGGAAUCUUACUCCCUUAGUUCCUUGUCUGUCGUCUGAAGACAAAUAUCCAUUCUCCAGCAGAACUGUCUGAGGCGUAGAUGUUGACAACUUUACAAACUUUGUAAAAGAAAAAAAUCAGUGGUUCUCCUCUCACGUACCCCUGAUCUGUCUGUUCUUCUGUAAUCACGGUCGAUAACAAAAGGUUCACGUUUUUUAACCGACUUGUUGAUAUGCCAUGUUUUUUUUCUUCUCUAUGCUUACAAUCAUGGUCAGAAGUCAGUGGGAAAUGUAAUAUUUAUUGUUUUGUUUAUGUUAAUUCAUGAAUAUUUCUGGCAAGGAAUUUUACUCUUUGAUUUUUAUGUACUGUUUAUAUUGGCCUAAAUAGUUGACUAAGUGUUUCAUAAAUACUGGCUUUUCUGACGGCUUCAUUUAAAUGUUUGCAGUAGCACUAUCUGUUAUAGCUCAGUUUGCGCUGGGCUUCCUCUUUUGAAGUAUCUUUGUCUCAUUAAUGCUUAAUGGAAAAUGCAAAGUAAGGUUGCACUGAUAAUAUUGGACUUCACAUAAAGGAUGUUUAAGAUGAUCUGCAUGCCUGUAUCAGGUCAUGAAUGUUUUGUGAAUUAUGUUGACUAUCUAGAGUUUGUAGAUCUGAGGUCUAGAAGACCAGAUCUUCUGAAAGACAUGGAAAUAUUGGUGAACAUCAACAUCAAAUCUUUUUUUUGAAGGGGAAUUAAGCAAAAUUUUGAUUUGAGUCAAUGGACAGAUCCAUAGAGUAAAGUUGAUACAGUGUAAGAUUUAAUGAAUGCCAUUUAAAUGCCAUCACUAUUUUUAGUUUGACUUUUAUACUGAAACUGCUACUUCCUACAAUGUCCCAAAGUUCAUAUUAGAUUUGAUUUUGCUUUGCUGAAACUGUGUUGAACUUACAGAAAAUCAAAUGGACUAAAUGAAAUUCAAAUAAUUGGAUCCGGCAGUUAGUUGUUUGUAAAGGAAUGUUUAUAUCUGCUAAUUGGUCAGCACUGGGCAUCCGAAAGUGUUGUCAGAUGUGCUAGUCUGUCAUUAUGAGAAAAAUUCUUAAAACCUCCCUCUCGCCAACAUGCAGAGAUUUAUUGUAAAUAAAAACAUAUUCAG